AUGAGUAGCAUUGAAAGUGAAAAGAAUAAAAACGCCCACGUUACUACGGUAGUAUCAGUUCCAGAACUCAAUGAAAAGUUGGCCGGAAAUAACGUCGAUAAAGCUUUCGCUUUCAAAGAUGAUAUUCAAGAUGUGGAAAUUGAUCCAGUGUUGGAAAGAAAAAUGAAGAGAAAGAUCGAUUGGGUUUUGUUACCAAUGAUUGCUUUGUUAAUGUCUUUACAAUUAUUAGAUAAAACAUGUAAUAGUUAUGCUAGUAUUAUGGGUUUACUUGAUGAUUUGAAUAUUCCAACAACUGGUGUUAGUGCCGCUGAAGCAAGUCAUAAUGCUAAAAUGUAUUCUGAAAUUGGAUCUUCCUUUUACUGGGGUUAUCUAAUCAGUGCUUUUAUCUCCGGUAGAAUUUUACAAAAAUUACCUAUUGCUACGACUUUGAGUGCUAUUAUUUUUGUUUGGGGUAUUGUUGUUGGAUGUCAUGCUGCUUGUAAAACUGCUCCACAAUUUAUCGGAUGUAGAGUUUUAUUAGGUGUUUUGGAAGGUUUCUUAAACCCUGGUUAUACUACUAUCAUUUCAAUGUUCUACAGAAAAGGUAAUACUGAAGGUGAUAAAGCUAAAAGAGUUCCAGAACAAUAUAUGAGAACUCAAAUUUUCUUUGGUCUUCAAGGAUGUGGUACUUUGUUAGGUGCUGGUGUUGCUCAUGGUUUAUAUACUCAUACUAAUCAUACUGCUUUAGCCAGUUGGAGAUUAUUAUAUUUAAUCUGUGGAGCUAUCACCGUUUCCGCUGGUAUUGUUUCAUACUUUUAUUUCCCCAAUAUUCCAGCCAAAGCUUGGUUUUUAAAUGAUACUGAAAGAAAAUAUUCGGUUAUUAGAUCUAAAGAAAAUCAACAAGGUUUUGGUAAUACUAAAUUCAAAAAAUAUCAAGCAAUUGAAGCUUUCAAAGAUAUCAGAAGUUACUGUCUUUUCAUUUAUGCUAUGUCUUAUGGUAUUGCUAAUGGUAGUUUUAAUAACUUUGGUUCAAUCUUAUUAAAAGGAGAUUUUGGUUUCUCUACCAGUGGUGCUUUAUUAAUGAACAUGCCUGGUGGGUCUAUUGAUAUUGUUGUUCCAAUUCUUGCCUAUGCCUUAUGUUGGACUUUCAAAAGUAGAUAUUUAGCUGCUAUUUGUACUAACACUUUCUCCACUAUUGGAAUGGUUUGUUUAGCAUUCGCUCCAACUAAAGGAGGAAGAUUAUUCGGUUAUUUGACUUUUUACGUCGCUACUUUAGUUUAUGCUACAUCAUUAUCUGUCAUUGCUUCAAAUGUUGCUGGUUCAACUAAGAAGACAGUGGUUUGGUGUUUCUUAUUAGCAGGUUACAGUGUUGGUAAUCUUACAGGUCCUUACACUUUCAAAGUUUCUGAAGCUCCGGGUUAUCAUAGUGCCAAAAUUUCCUUAUUGGUUGCUUUCAUUGUUGGUACUCUUUGUUUUGUCACUAUCUAUUUACAUGAUACCAUUGAAAACAAAAGAAGAGAUAAAUAUAAGGAACAAAUGGGUGAAGCUUAUGAAGUGUUGGAAGAUUUCGAGUUCGCUGACUUGACUGAUAAAGAAAACAAAGAAUUUAGAUAUAGUUAUUAG